UUUUCUUCUGGAAUUUGCACAAAAAAUUACAUUUGCCAAAGGUUAUGUUUUUAUUGAUUGUUAAGUUUAUCUUUCAUUUUGAGGUUGUUGGGUUCUCCUUCCUUCUCAAUAUGUCUAGCUGUUCCACUACCACCCACUGAAAACAAACCGGAGAAUAAAUAAAUUAAAAAAAAAGGAAAUAGUACUAUGAUUGGGAAAAUAAUAAUUUUAUUUAUUCAAUUAUUUUGAAUUUUGAGUAUAAAUAUUGAACAUUAAUUAAAAUAAACUACCUUAGUAGAUUAAAAUCUUAUUUCGUUCUCUAUUUUGAAAAAUAAUUAAAAUUUGGUACCUAAAUCUAAAUCUUGAAAUUUCUGAAACUGAAAAAAAUAAAUAAAAAAAUUGUCCUUUUUGAAUAACCCAUGAUUUAUCCCUUAUUUGUUACAUGAAAUUCCAUCUGGGUGACUGCAAAAUUUGGCACCUAAAUCUAAAUCUUGAAAUUUCUGAAACUGAAAAAAAUAAAUAAAAAUUGUCCUUUUUGUAUAACCCAUGAUUUAGCCCUUAUUUGUUACAUGAAAUUCCAUCUGGGUUACUGCAAAAAGAAGAGAGAAAAACAAAAGUUUGUGAAUUUUUGCAGAGUAAUGUGCAAAUUGAAAUUGGUGGUUAAAAAUGGCGAAUCUUGUUCCUGGUGUACUUUUGAAGCUUUUACAACACAUGAACACAGAUGUUAAGGUUGGUGGUGAACACAGAUCAUCUCUUUUACAAGUUGUUAGCAUUGUUCCAGCACUUGCAGGUGGUGAACUUUUCCCAAAUCAAGGUUUUUAUUUGAAAGUUUCAGAUUCAUCUCAUGCUACUUAUGUUUCUUUACCUGAUGAACAUGAUGAUCUUAUUUUGAGUGAUAAAAUUCAAUUGGGUCAGUUUGUUUUUGUUGAUCGUUUUGAAUCUUCUUCUCCUGUUCCUAUUUUACAUGGUGUUAGACCUGUUCCUGGUAGACACCCUUGUGUUGGUACACCUGAAGAUAUUGUUGCUACACAUUCACUUUCAUUUCUUGACAACAACGUUAAGAAUAAUGUUGUUUCUUCUGAGAUUCCUAGGAAUGUGUUUGGUGUGAAUGAAAAGGAGAAAAAGGAGAAACUGAGAUUAAGUUUUGGUUGUGGUGGUGGUAGUGCUAAGGAGGAUGCAUCAGAGAAAAAAAAUGGAAUUUUUGGAAGAAGUAAAUCUCAAACAACAAAGCCUGUGUUGAAGAUUGAUGUGAAGAAGGUAAGGGAAUCAUUGCCUCAAAGUUCAAAUAGGUUGAGGCCUAAUAGUGCAAGGUCUAUUCCUUCUUCACCUAGUAGUUGUUAUUCAUUGCCUAACACUUUUGAGAAAUUUGCCAAUGGUGUUAAGCAACACAGGGCAAAGGUUGGUGGUAAGGGAGUGGAGAAGGUUGUGGGAGUGGGGGAUGUAGGAAAGGUUGGGAAAAAAAUUGGUGUUGGAAAUCCAAUUAGGAAUUUGGUGCAAGGUUUUGAUUUUGGUGCUAAGGCUUUAAGAAAAAGUUGGGAAGGGACUAUGGAAGUUAAGACUAGUAGAGAGUCUUCCAAAUUCAACCAGGGUGCAGCGAAGCCUGAUCCUAACCCUGGAUUUUUUAGCUCGACUCCUAGGAGAAGCAGCAUUUCGAGUGAAAAGUUGCCGUCUAGAGAGGUUAAAGCACUGAUAAAACCCGCUAAGGAAGAACAUAAGGCUCAAAUGUCUAUAAAGAAGGUUGCUGCUAAUGGAACUUCAGAGGAACAAGAGAAAACGAUUAAGCCAAGGACUUCCAUUGGAAAGAAAUCGGCUGAAGUUUCUAACAACGGACUACCUGGAAACAUGGUCAAGGUUUCCAUAAGUAGUAGAAAAGUGACAGAUGCAAGUGUUCAAUGGACUUCACUCCCGUCGUCUAUUUCGAAGCUUGGAAGGGAAGUAAUGAAGCACAGAGAUUCUGCACAGCUGGCUGCAAUUGAGGCUAUGCAAGAAGCUGCAGCUGCUGAGAGUUUAUUACAAUGUCUGAGUAUGUAUUCGGAGCUGACUAACUCUGCUAAGGAACAUAACCCACAACCAGCAGUAGAGCAGUUUUUAACUCUUCAUGCUAACCUGAAUAGUACCCGGUCAAUUGCCAAAUCCUUAUCUAAACCGAUUCCAGAUGGUUCUUCUCCCGAUUAUGAAAAGAGUAAAGUUGAAGAAGCGCUAAAAGUAAAAUCAGAUCGACAAAAACAAGCAGCUUCUUGGGUCCAGGCAGCCCUGGCCACCAAUCUAUCAUCUUUCGCUCUUUUUACAAAAGAACCUCAACCGUCUAAGCUUCCAGCUUCAAGUAAUUCUCAAACUCAAAAGACUACAGUUGGAAAUCAACCUGCAUUAGUCCUACACAAUUCAAGCAAAGAUUCAUCAUCGAAAGUUCGUGUAAAAACUCGUCCCAGUCCCACAGCUAAUUCCAAAAUUGCGUCACAAGUCUUUCCUCGUAAAUUGAUCGAUGGAUCAGCAAAUGUACACAAGCAACUUGUCCAACCGCUUUCUCGCAAAUCAAUGGAUGGAUCAGCAAGUGUACACAAGCAACUUGUCCAACCGCUUCCAGAGUGGGUUAGAGGAAAUGGCCUCAAUGAGGUGGUUGAUUUAGCCGAAAUGUUGCGGUUACAGUCCCGAGACUGGUUUUUGGGAUUUGUCGAAAGAUUCUUGGACAGUGACGGGGACACUAAAUUGUCGGAUAACGGCCAAAUAGCAGGUAUGCUCACUCAACUAAAGAGCGUAAACGAUUGGUUAGAUGAGAUAGGGUUGAACAAGGAUGAAGGAGAAUCAUAUUCAAGCCAGAUAUCAGUAGAGACAAUCGACCGGUUGAGAAAGAAGAUAUACGAAUAUCUUCUUACACAUGUUGAAUCCGCCGCUGCUGCACUCAGUGGCGGAUCACAAUCACAAUCACAAUCGUCACCUCAGAUUCAAACAACACAGGUUAAAGCAAAAAGGUGAAGAAUGAGUACAUAGCUUAACUUAACAAUGCAUAAGUAGAGAUGAGAGGGAUUAACCUUAGUCAUUAAAAAAUGUUCAAGAAGUUAAAUCCUCUCUUAAAAUUCACUUUUUUUUAAGCUCUUUCUAUCUUCUGUGUGUACAUAAAUCCUACAUAGGGUUUGAUUUGAGGUAUAGAUGGAGUGCUAAUUAUUUGUUAGGGGUGAUAGCAAAUAUGAUUUGUUAAGAUAUUAUUUCUUUUCAUUUUUCUGAAUUUUGUUCAGAUGAAAUUAUACACAAAUUGAUACAGUGGAAUUUUCCUA